AUGGGACGUCAGUCAAUAGCCUCCGAAAUCUAUGACAAUGAGUCUAAAAUCAACUUCGGUGUGCCAGACAGUGUCAAGAGUGUCGAUGAUGUGAAUUCUCACCCGGCGGGUCUGGGCCUGGGGAGUUCUAUCCAGCUUUUCGAGACUGAGCCUACGGUUGAAGAGCAAGAAAGGAGAUUCGGCAUUCAGCAAUGGCUUAUCUUCAUCUGUAUUGUCAUUUUGGCGAUGAUGGACUCUUUCAAUGCGACCAUUUUGAUCCCAGCAUUACCUAAAAUAGCGAACACAUUCGGCAAGCCACUGGCAAGCACAUUUUGGGUCAACACGGUAUACCUGUUAUUCGGCGCAACAAGUCAACUAUAUUUCACCAUGAUGAGCGAAGUCUUCAGCCACGGACCGGUGUGGAUAUUAGCCGUUCUCUUCGCGACAAUCGGAACAGGGAUCUGCAGUGGCGGCAUGAGUCUCGCUGAGUUGAUCGUCGGCCGCAUGAUACAGGGCAUUGGGGGUGGCGGCGCAAUGAGUCUCUGUUUCGUGAUAAUGACCGAGUCAGCGCCCGAAUCCAUCCACUCGCGGUAUUCAUGCUAUAUACUGCUGACACGGAUGUGCGGUGCGAUCUUGGGUCCUGUUGUCGGUGGCUUGUUUGUUGACUAUGCGCACUGGACGUGGGCGUUUUAUUUCAAUCUCAUCUUUUGUGCGCUGGGUCUGCUGGGUAUUCCUUUUGCGGUGGACUUGCGAAUCUCGAAGCAUAUCCCGCUGCGCAGAUUGCACGUUCUGGACUGGUCUGGUGCUACCCUGGCCUUGCUUGGCCUUGGGGGUAUUCUUGUUGGCCUUUCGUGGGGUGGUAGCUCUUACCGGUGGUCAGAGUGGCAGACUAUUGUUCCCAUUGCGGUGGGCGGUGCAGUACUUGUUGCUCUGGUGUUUUAUGAGUCCCAGUGGGCUUUGCAUCCGCAAUUUGGAAGGAAGGUGUUCCGGUCGAGGAUGAUGACCAUGACAUAUCUGGGAUGCUUUUUGCAUGGCUUUGUGGUCUUUUCCCACAUGCAGUUCUUCCCGCUGUACUUCAUUUCCACCCACUAUAUGUCCACGACACUUUCUGGGGUGACUUUACUCGCUAUGGUCGGGCUUGCCAUUGGACCAGCGGCAAUCGUGGGCAUGAUCCUGGCAAGAGAAUUGAGAUGUACCCAGUGGAUCAUUUCUGGUGGCUGGGUCUUGACAGCCCUUGCAAGCGGUUGUUCUAUCCUGCUGGACAAUUCAACUCCGGCCGUGGCGUGGGUGUUCUUGUUGUUCACAGCUGGUCUGGGCCAUGGUCUUUUGCUUUCGAGUUAUAAUGUUCGAAUUCAAAAUACACCCAAGGACGAGGAUACUCCACUCUCAACCCUACCGACGACCAUGUCAUAUUAUAUGAGAGCCUGGGGAUGGGCAUUUGCUGUUCCUGUUGGGGGAGUUGUCUUCUUGAACUUUUUUGGAGAUGGACUGGCAGAGGUUGGAAUGAACCCAGACCUAUUAAACUCAACGAACGGGUAUCUCAUCUUGAUGAAAGAUGUCAAUAUGACGAGCAAACAGCGGGAGGCAGUAACUGUUAUUUCGGUUGCAGCGUUUCAGGUAUUGUGGGAGGUUAUCACUGGUGCUGCAGUUCUUGGGGGGAUUUCGUCGGCUUUCUUGUGGCGAAAAAGCACAUAA